AUGACGGCCAGCGAGGAAGCCUCCUCCCCCGCCAUGCGCGCACGAAAGAUCCGAAAGGUGACCCGCGCCUGCGAUGCUUGCAAGGCCAAAAAGAAGGCUUGUACGGGCAAUAUCCCCUGUGGUCCCUGCUCCCGCCGUCACUUGGCAUGCACCUACGACUCCGCCUACAAUCGAGGUGUGGCGCUCAGCCCUCCUCCCUCAACAUCGCGUCCCAAGAACCAUCGUCCACUGCGGGAGCCCGACAGGUCAUGUAGCAGUCCAGAUCCGGCCCCAGAUGUGAUCCAGCCACUGCAGUCGCCCCCUGUACUUCGUUCAGCAAUCGAGUAUGUACGUCCAGGCCUGCAGAUCAGCCCGGCAUCGGGGCCAGGCAUACUCCCCGAGUCUGCUAUUGUCGAUGCAUCUGUUCGACGAGGCUCAGUAGACGGGACCGGCCAGUACUGGGGUCCAAGCUCAGCACAUUCAUUUCUGGGCAGGGUUGUGGAGGACUUGCAUGCCACUCCCUCCAAACCUAUUGCUCCUGCACCAGAGCCCGAUGCCUCAGCAGCGGUCUCCAUCUUUUCCCACGGUGAUCGUGUGGUCCCGGAGGUUCGGCUAUCAGAUUUUGUCUGGCCAGACCAGGCCAAGGCCAAAAGUCUGAUCCGCCGAUAUUUCGAGUUUGCAGCACCGACCUACCGCGUGCUCCAUCAGCCUACGAUUCAUGCCUUGGUACAACGCCUGUACCAGGAGGGUUCGGAGGGCCAUCGGAGCGGUAGCCAGCUCGAUGUAGCAUCCCAGGCCGUCGUGCUCUUGCUUCUGAGUACUGCAGCCAUGUUCCGAGUCGACGAAGACGGGCGCAUGAGAGACGCCGACGAGGAUGGCUGGCGCAAGAGCGAGCUUUACUACGCACAAGCGGAGCAUCUGCUGUCGCUCGAGACGGGUGCCCCUACUCUGGCAUCGGCGCAAGCUCGUUUUUUGAUGGUGCUGUAUCUGCUGAGUUCCUCUCGAGCCCAGAAGGCGUGGUUCGUGUUUGGCACAACAGUCCAGCUGAUGAUGGCCCUUGGGUUGCACAAUCGACGGGCGAGGAGGCACCAUGAUGAAGAAGAGGAUCUAGUGCAGCAGGAGUGUCAACGGCGCCUUGUCUGGUGCUCUUACACCCUGGACAAGUAUCUCAGCGUGAUCCUUGGUCGACCACGACUGUGGCAUGACGAAGACUUGGAUGAAGAUCUUCCCACACGCGUCAAUGACGAGGACCUGACGAUGCGGGAAAGGCGUUUGACGAGACGUGAUUGUGUGAUGGACGCGCCGGUCUUUCAUGCGGUAUUGGCACAGAUUCUCACCCAGGCAGCUAAAAAACCUUACGUCCUCGCGGGCCUCUCCGAUCAGAUGGAGAUCGAGACCAUCCGAGGCCUGUGUGGUGAGGUCGCGAAAUGGCAAGCGGAACUGCCUCCUUUUCUUUCCGGGGUCAUCCAGCCCAGUAGUUUGGUUCCGGUGUUUCGGCGCCAGCUGACUGUUUUGCAGCUGGCUCGUUACCAUGCCUUGAUGUUCAUCACGCGACCUCUCUUAUUGCGGGAUUACGGGCAAAUGUGGCCUGAGCACCGAAGCAGUUACCGAUACCACCUGCAUCUGUGUCUCACCGCAGCGCGAGAAGCAAUCGAAUCGAUCCUUGGAUUCGUGCGUGAGGAUGAAUUGUUUCCAGCAUUUUGGUACUCACAGUACAUCGCAUUCAAUGCUUUGUCUAUCAUAUAUCUAUAUCUGAUUCAGGUCAGACGCAACCGUCUGCCAUCUGCGAGUCUCGACUUCGUCGCGAGCCCGGAAAACACCCUACACACGGAUCUGGACGAAACCAUGUUGUAUAGACUGUCUGAGACGGCAGUGACACACCUUGCCGACGCAACAGCUCGCAACGCUCCUUCUUGGAAAUACAGUGUCAUUUUGCAGGGUCUGCGACACGAGCUGGCCCGCCUUGGCCCCCCAAUAUUGGAAAAUGACGACGCUCAAGCUACAGAACCGAUUGCGUUAUCCCGUCCAGUUCCCGAAUCGAUCCCUCGUCCAACCGAACACGGAGGUGAGACGGGUCGCCAUGAACAGCAGGCAGGGCCCGCCCCUGUCGGAGAUUAUAACCUUGAUCCGAACGGGCUGCCGCCCAUAUUCGCUGGGCUGGACCCCGCUGUUGACCCAGGGUUGCUCGAUCCGAGGACCCAGUCCCUCUUGGACACCUUCGUCAUGGGCGAAAACGUGGUGCUUGAUUUCUGGCCACAAUUGGAAAGUCUACCUAUCACAUAUCCCGGUUGA